AUGGCUUCGACACAGCAGCAGCCAGCGCUUGCAACCACCAAGCGCAAGUUCAACAAACUCCUCGACAACCUCACCGCAAGUACAUCUACCACUUCACUCGCAAAUAGCCUCCAAGAAUCGAACGCAUCGACGGAAUCGCUUUCGGAUCCAGAUGACCCAAAUCAACCAAACAAACGCCCACGCAGCGCAGGCUUGAGCACAGAGCGAGAACGGAACAUAUCAGAGGGCCAGGAGCGCAUACGGCAACUGAAGGAGCAACUCAUGACGCCGCGAAGAGAAGGAACCGUCAGAGUUGUAGGAAAGACACUAUAUACCCCCAAAGCCUCGACACCAAAGGCCUCAACACCGCGCAAAGAACCAAACUUCCAACCCUAUAGCCAAGAGCAUUUCCUCGCGAGGCUUAAGACGUUUGCAGAUGUGAAGAAGUGGACCACGAAGCCAGAUGCGAUAAAUGAGGUUGAGUGGGCCAUGAGAGGGUGGAGCUGCGAUAUCUGGAACACAGUGGCCUGCAAAGGAGGCUGUGAGAACCGUGUGGCGGUCAAGCUGAGGCCUAAACGAAAAGACGCAAACGGAAGAGAUCUUGAAAUGAGCGAAGACCUCACAGUUGAGGUCGAUAGUGCGUUGGUUCAAAGGUACAAAGAACUGAUCGUUGAGGGACAUGCCGAAGAUUGCUUGUGGAGGAAGCGAGGCUGUCAAGAAGAUAUUUAUCAUAUCCCCAUCGCAUCGCGAGCAAAGAGCUCGACUGAAUUGCUCGAUCGAUAUCGGUCUCUCAGGGCCAUAGCUACCGACCUACCCUUUCUCGAACACAUCACAUACCCCGAGCCGUCGAUACGCCGCAUCGUCGAGCGCAUAUCCUCUACAUUCUUCACAUCGACGCCCGAUACUCCAUAUCCCACGUCAUCAACCGACAUUGUAGCAUUUGGCUUUGCUCUUUUCGGAUGGACAGGUGUCUCAGAAUCGCGCAUCUCCCUCGCAGUAUGCAACCACUGCUUCCAGCGUCUCGGCCUCUGGCUCUCCUCUGCCGAGCGCCUGCAAGAAAUGAGCCGAAAACUCGAAGUACCCGUGGACAGCCUCCGCCUGAACCUUGUCGAAGCCCACCGUGAACACUGUCCCUGGAAAAACGCGGAGGUACAAGGAAAUUCCAAAGACGGUCCCAUAGCAAACAUGGCAGCCUGGCAGACACUGCAGUUCAUACUCCUAGGCAGAUCUAAAGACGCCUACUCAUCUUCUUCCGCCGCCGCUGCUCCAAAUACCCCGCAGAAAUCGACACCGAGAAAAUCGCAUGCCGGCCGUACAGACAGCGUUGAGUUAGAUGCGGAGCUGGAGUAUCCGCGCGGCAGUAUGGAUAGCGUUGAUCGACCUAAGUAUAAUGAUGAAGAUGAGGAAGGGGGCCUCAAGGAGAAAUGGAUCAAGCUGAAGGCGAAAUUGAAGCGCAGUGCUAGUAAAAAGAGUAUGAAGAGCACGAAGAGCGGAAAGAGUGGGAAGAGCACUUUCACGAAAGAGAAGUAG